GCUUAUAAUAGCGCAGAUACAAGCACAACGAAGAAGUCACCAUUCUUCGUACUCUAUGAAUAUAAUCCAACAGCUUAUUACAAAGCACUGCUAGAAGCAGAUGCAGAAGCUGCGGAUAAAAGGAUUAAGAAAAUCAAGAAAGUUCAGGAGGAACUCCGAUCAGAGUUACGAUUCGUUCAGGAACAAAUGAUACAGUAUGCAAACUCCAAAAGGAUUGAGAGACUAAUCUUACAGAAGGGAGAUAAGGUCUAUCUACUUCGAAAAAAUAUCAAAACA